AUGCCUUCUUCACAUCGGCGGCUUCGACUAAUUGUCAUUGCGGUCAUCGCGAUUCUUUUCAUGGUCUUUUACUACACUGGCGAUGCAAGCAAAAUCCAAAAUCAAAAGUUUUAUCGGUCAACCCUCGACGCAAUGAAAGCGAAAGAGCAAGCCAAACAGGCCAAGGCCCAAGAGAAGAUCCAGCAACCUGUGCAUGCACCCGGACAGAAUGGCGCUGCGGGCGCGGGCGCAGGUGAUAAGGUGCCCAUCGCUGAGGUCGAGAAAGCUGCCGUUCCUCCUGCUACAGGGAAUGAAGAUAUGGAGGAGAUCCCGAUUGCCGGACGGACGAAGAUGAUCAUUCCCAAGAAGGGGAGCCAGGAUACACCGUCAGAGGUCCAAUCGGAUAUGAAGAGCGAAGAGGAGAAGGAGCGCGAAGAAAAAGCAAAAAGAGAGCGUGAGGAGAAAGAAAAGAAAGAGGCCGAGGCGACGGCAGAGCUUAAUGCGAUUCUUAAGCGGGCUCCAGUCAUCGUUUUCUCCAAAUCCUACUGCCCCUACAGCAAGAAAGCCAAGUCGAUUUUGCUGGAGCACUACUCUAUUGAGCCGAAACCGUUCGUCGUCGAAUUGGAUAAACACCCGCUUGGACCGUAUCUGCAGGCCCUGCUUGCGCAGAGUACGGGGCGUCGCACUGUGCCCAAUGUGCUCGUGAGCGGGAAGAGUAUAGGUGGUGGGGACGAUAUUGCGGCAUUGGAUCAGAGCGACGAGCUGGCUUCGACGCUGCGACAAAUGGGCGGGAAAUGGAUCGUGGAUGUGUCGCACCAGGAGGUUGAGAAAACACUAUGA